GGGCGCGACGCUCCCCUCACCCAGGCUCUUUGUAUGUCCAGGGCACGCGCGGGCAGGCCUUUCUGGCAACAUCAAAGGCCUUCAGAGGCUCCGGCAGCUCCAGAAGGGCGAGAAGCGAAUCUGGGGAAGGGUUGCCAGCUCACUCAGGUAACGUCUCCUGAAGAAUUCUUCCUGCCAGUGGAGUGAGUGGUCAGUGCCAAUCCAUCCUAGACUCCCCUCUGUCCCUGUAAAAAAGAGAUUUACUGUGGAUCCAGGGACGUUUGAAGAGGUGGACUUGCAAUUCACGGAAGAGGAAAGUGUCCUGCUCGCUCCAGGACAGACGACUCUUCACAAGGAGAUCACGGUCGAGUUUGAUGCAAUGAUACGUUCUUUGUGUAAGGAUCCCAAUUAGAUCAGCAGAAGGGUUUUGAUGGGCUUACCUUGGAUGUAAGAACAUAAGAAGAGUCCUGCUGGAUCAGACCAAAGGUCCAUGAUUCUGUUCUUAUAGUGGCCAACCAGAUGCCUAAGGGAAACUCACCGGCAGGACAUUUAAGACGCUCACAAGCAAGACACUCAGCACCUAAAGAAAACAAGAAUGUCUUCUGACUGCAGUAAAAUCUUGCAAAAAGCCCCAAAUACACGUUGGAGAAGACAUAUGAGAAAGAAACCAUGUAAAUGCUUAGAGUGUGGAAAGACCUUCACUCAGCUUUGCCUCCUUACUUCUCAUCAAAGAAUUCACACAGGGGACAAACCUUAUAUAUGCAUGGAGUGUGGAAAGAGCUUCACUGUCAGUAGCAACCUUAUUUCGCAUCACAGAACUCAUAUAGGGGCCAAACCUUAUAAAUGCAUGGAGUGUGGAAAGAGAUUCAAUCACGGUAGCCAACUUUCUACACAUCGAAGAACUCAUACAGGGGAGAAACCUUAUAAAUGCAUGGAGUGUGGAAAGAGCUUCAGUGAAAGUGGCACCCUUACUAAACAUCAAAGGACUCAUACAGGGGACAAACCUUAUGAAUGCGGGGAGUGUGGAAAGAGCUUCAGCGACAUUAGCAGCCUUACUACACAUCAAAGAAUUCAUACAGGGGACAAACCUUUUAAAUGCGUGGAGUGUGGAAAAAGCUUCAGAACCAGUAGCCAACUUUCUACACAUCGAAGGACUCAUACAGGGGACAAACCUUAUGAAUGCAUGGAGUGUGGAAAGAGCUUCAGUGUAAGUGGCACCCUUUCUGCACAUCAAAGAACUCAUACAGGGGAGAAACCUUAUAAAUGUAUGGGGUGUGGAAAGAGCUUCAGUCAAAGUGGAACCCUUACUAAACAUCAAAAGAAUCAUACAGGGGACAAACCUUUUCAGUGCAUUGAGUGUGGAAAGAGCUUCAGCGACCUUAGUGCCCUUACUACACAUCAAAGAAUUCAUACAGGGGAGAAACCUUAUAAAUGCAUGGAGUGUGGAAAAAGCUUCAGGGACAGUAGCCAACUUUCUACACAUCGAAGAACUCAUACAGGGGAGAAACCUUAUAAAUGCAUGGAGUGUGGAAAGAGCUUCAGUGAAAGUGGCACGCUUACUAAACAUCAAAGGACUCAUACAGGGGACAAACCUUAUAAAUGUUUGGAGUGUGGAAAGAGCUUCAGUGAGAGUGGCGCUCUUACUUCACAUCAAAGAACUCACACAGGUGACAAACCUUAUAAAUGCUUGGAGUGUGGAAAGAGCUUCAGUGUAAGUGGCACCCUUUCUGCACAUCAAAGAACUCAUACAGGGGAGAAACCUUAUAAAUGUAUGGAGUGUGGAAAGAGCUUCAGACAUAGUGGCACCCUUACUAAACAUCAAAGUACUCAUACAGGGGACAAACCUUAUAAAUGCUUGGAGUGUGGAAAGAGCUUCAGUCACAGUAGCAACCUUAUUUCGCAUCACAGAACUCAUAUAGGGGCCAAAUCUUAUAAAUGCUUGGAGUGUGGAAAGAGCUUCAAUCACAGUUGCCAACUUUCCACACAUCGAAGAACUCAUACAGGGGAGAAACCUUAUAAAUGCAUGGAGUGUGGAAAGAGCUUCAGUGAAAGUGGCACCCUUACUAAACAUCAAAGGACUCAUACAGGGGACAAACCUUAUAAAUGCUUGGACUGUGGAAAGAGCUUCACUGAGAGCAGCCAACUUUCUACACAUCGAAGAACUCAUACAGGGGAGAAACCUUAUACAUGUAUGGGGUGUGGAAAGAGCUUCAGUCAAAGUGGCACCCUUACUAAACAUCAAAGGAAUCAUACAGGGGACAAACCUUAUAAAUGCUUGGACUGUGGAAAGAGCUUCACUGCCAGUAGCAACCUUAUUUCGCAUCGCAGAACUCAUAAAGGGACCAAAUGUUAUAAAUGCUUGGAGUGUGGAAAGAGCUUCAACCACAGUAGCUCCCUUACUGUGCAUCAGAGAACUCACACAGGGGAGGAUCCAGGGACGUUUGAAGAGGUGGACUUGCAAUUCACGGAAGAGGAAAGUGUCCUGCUCGUUCCAGGACAGACGACUCUUCACAAGGAGAUCACGGUCGAGUUUGAUCAAGACACUCAGCACCUAAAGAAAACAAGAAUGUCUUCUGACUGCAGUAAAAUCUUGCAAAAAGCCCCAAAUACACGUUGGAGAAGACAUAUGAGAAAGAAACCACAUAAAUGCUUAGAGUGUGGAAAGACCUUCACUCGGCUUUGCCUCCUUACUUCUCAUCAAAGAAUUCACACAGGGGACAAACCUUAUAUAUGCUUGGACUGUGGAAACAGCUUCACUGCCAGUAGCAACCUUAUUUCGCAUCACAGAACUCAUAUAGGGGCCAAACCUUAUAAAUGCAUGGAGUGUGGAAAGAGCUUCAAUCACGGUAGCCAACUUUCUAUACAUCGAAGAACUCAUGCAGGGGAGAAACGUUAUAAAUGCAUGGAGUGUGGAAAGAGCUUCAGUGAAAGUGGCACCCUUACUAAACAUCAAAGGACUCAUACAGGGGACAAACUUUAUAAAUGCUUGGAGUGUGGAAAGAGCUUCAGGCAAAGUGGCCAGCUUACUUCACAUCAAGGAACUCAUACAGGGGACAAACUGUAUAAAUGCAUGGAGUGUGGAAAAAGUUUCAGAGACAGUAGCCAACUUUCUAGACAUCAAAGAACUCAUACAGGGGAUAAACCUUAUGAAUGCAUAGAGUGUGGAAAGAGUUUCAGUCACAGUAACACCCUUACUGUGCAUCAAAGAACUCAUACAGGGGACAAACCUUAUAAAUGCUUGAACUGUGGAAAGAGAUUCAGUGAAAGUGGCAAGCUUACUUCUCAUCAAAGGACUCAUACAGGGGACAAACCUUAUAAAUGCGUGGUGUGUGGAAAGAGCUUCAGUCAGAAUAACUCCCUUACUAGACAUCAAACAACACAUACAGGAGACAAACCUUAUAAAUGUUUGGAGUGUGGAAAGAGCUUCACUCUGAAUGGCCACCUCAUUCAACAUCAAAAGACUCAUACUGGGAUCAAACCUCAUAAAUGCUUGGAGUGUGGAAAGAGCUUCAGAAUCAGUAGCCAACUUUCUACACAUCGAAGGACUCAUACAGGGGACAAACCUUAUAAAUGUAUGGAGUGUGGAAAGAGCUUCAGUGUAAGUGGCAACCUUUCUACACAUCAAAGAACUCAUACAGGGGAGAAACCUUAUAAAUGUAUGGAGUGUGGAAAGAGCUUCAGUCAGAGAGGCAACCUUUCUAUACAUCAGAGGACUCAUACAGGGGGCAAACCUUAUAAAUGCUUCGAGUGUGGAAAGAGCUUCAAACAAAGUAGCCAGCUUACUUCACAUCAAAGAACUCAUACAGGGGACAAACCGUAUAAAUGCAUGGAGUGUGGAAGAAGCUUCAGAGUCAGUAAGCAACUUUCUAAACAUCGAAGAACUCAUACAGGGGACAAACCUUAUGAAUGCAUGCAGUGUGGAAAGAGCUUCACCGUCAGUAGCACCCUUACUACACAUCAAAGAACUCAUACAGGGGACAAACCUUAUGAAUGCGUGGAGUGUAGAAAAAGCUUCAGAUACAGUAGCCAACUUUCUAGACAUCGAAGAACUCAUACAGGGGACAAACCUUAUAAAUGCUUUGAGUGUGGAAAGAGCUUCAGUGAGAGUGGCACCCUUAUUAAACAUCGAAGAACUCAUACAGGGGAGAAACCUUAUAAAUGCUUGGAGUGUGGAAAGAGCUUCAGGGACAGUGGCACCCUUAUUAUACAUCAAAGAACUCAUACAGGGGACAAACCUUAUAAAUGUAUCGAGUGUGGAAAAAGCUUCAGAGACAGUAGCCAACUUUCUAGACAUCGAAGAACUCAUACAGGGGACAAACCUUAUAAAUGCUUGGAGUGUGGAAAGAGCUUCAGGCAAAGUAACCAGCUUACUUCACAUCAACGAACCCAUACAGGGGACAAACCUUAUAAAUGCUUGGACUGUGGAAAGAGCUUCAGGCAACGUAACCAGCUUAAUUCACAUCAACGAACCCAUACAGGGAACAAACCAUAUAAAUGCAUGAAGUGUGGAAAAAGCUUUACAGAAAGUAGCCAUCUUUCUGAACAUCGAAGAACUCAUACAGGGGACAAACCUUAUGAAUGCGUGGAGUGUGGUAAAAGCUUCAGGGACAGUAGCCAACUUUCUACACAUCGAAGAACUCAUACAGGGGAGAAACCUUAUGAAUGCGUGGAGUGUGGAAAGAGCUUCAAUCAGAGUAGCCACCUUACUACACAUCAAAGAACUCAUACAGGGGACAAACCUUAUGAAUGCAUGGAGUGUGGAAAGAGCUUCAAUCAGAGUAGCAACCUUACUACACAUCAAAGAACUCAUACAGGGGAGAAACCUUAUAAAUGCAUGGAGUGUGGAAAGAGCUUCAGUGAAAGUGGCACCCUUAUUAAACAUCAAAGGACUCAUACAGGAGACAAACCUUAUAAAUGUGUUGAGUGUGGAAAGAGCUUCAGUGUCAGUGGCACCCUUACUAAACAUCAAUGCAUGGGAUAAACCUUAUAAAUACUUGGAGUGUGGAAAGAGCUUCAAUCAGAGUAGCAACCUUUCCGCACAUCAAAAAGUAAUAUAGGGAACAAACCUUAUAAAUUUUUGGACUGGAAAGAGCUUCAUUGGUGUGACCCAGGUUGGGAAGGGAGACUUAGAGGAGCCUGACACCGACAAUGAGGACUGGGAUGACGAGCUGGGUCAGGGACUAGCAAAGGGAAAGGUCCCAGCGUGUCCAGAUCCCUGUCACUGACAGCUCAGCUUUCCCCUGGAGCCCAACUGGAACUGUCAGAGACUGCCCUGUUAGAGACAGCUCUGGUAGACACACACCCCACACCUGCAGCAGAGGCAAUGCCUGGUUCACCUGCUGUUUCCCAGCCGGGCACCCCGCAGCUUCUCACACUAGUUAGUUGUUAGGAGAAUCUCCUGUUCCCUUCAUUGAGCUACAGUUCUCUUGAGUAGUUUUACAAUCAGUACCUCUUCCCAGGGAACUUGGAAUUAUAGCUCUGUGGGGGGAAUAGGAGUCUGCUAACAACUCUCAGCAUCCUUCACAACCUACACUUCCCAGGAUUCUUUAGAGGAAGCCAUGAGUGCUUAAAGUGGAAUAGUAAAGGAAUAAAGGUAUGGUGUGAAUGUGGUCUAGGUCAGGGCACGGACUUUCACCUUGGGGCUCAUAUGAUGGCAUACUCCUCCCUGCUAAGAUAAAUAAAUACAUCCUUACACACUCGUGUUUGUGGGCAUAAUUUUUCUGUAUGGAGGCUUGUUGGCUUAUCGGUUGUAUCCAGUGCUAGUCCUCCUCACCCAUUCAGAUGAGUAGACGUGACUCACUCAGGUUUGUUAAUUUCAGUGGGUCUGCUCUGAAUGGGUUGGAUUCAACCCCAUGUGACCCUGCCCACCCACCUCCUGGAGGAUUACAGCUCAACCCAGGAAUAGAUGUACGGUGGGGUGGAGCUGUAGCAACAACCUUCCAGCAGGGGCAUCAAUACUGCUUACCUGAUGGAGGGGCAAUAUGGCGGAGAGGGUGGGACUGCACAGCUGCACUGGGAGGAGCCUCUUGCUGCAGCUCCACCCCACCAGACAAGCUGCUCCUGGCUCUCACUCGAGUCUAUUACCUUGGUAAACACUUGGGCUGAGUCAAGCAGACAGACAGUCAUGACCACGGAGGAGAAGGGGGAGAGUCACUUCUGAAUAGAAGCCAUCCUGGUUGCUCCGUAUAUGCAGGAGGAAUGUGUUAGGAGGGCAACUCAGAAACCGAGAUUCUGCAGGCAGCAAAGCUACAAUCUGCCAUGUUCAUCCUGCCCCAAUGGCUUCCUCGGGGUGUUCCUCUGAAGCUCUUGAAAAGUUGCCCAAUGGAUAUAUCCAGCAAACCUUUCUGAUGACAGCUGCUUAGUCACCAGCACUGGUGUUCUCCUGCAAAUCACGGCCACGGAAUUAUUUGACAUGCUCUCCAUUCCUAGAGGGUGAUGCCGAGGCUUGGGGUGCCUGGACAGUGCCCCAUGUGACCUAUUUCUUUGUGACACGUGGGGCUUCUUCGAUAGGAGCGCUGUUACAGGAAAAGGUUCCCUGAAGAUGGAUGGCCGUAGUUCAGUGAGAGCGCAUCCACCUUGCGUGCAGAAGUCCUAGGCUCAAUCCCCGGAAACUCCAGGUAGGGUUUGUCACAGCAAACUCAUUUCCCCCAAGUAUCUGACUUUCUGUGAUAAGGAAAGCGAUGGGGAAAUGCACUGGAAACUGGCAUAAGGCUUGCUUUGACGCAAACCCAUCUAACCUCCCUGCAAACAGCGGAAUGAAUACUCACUGAAUAGUCAAUGUCAUCUAAUUUCCCUGCAGACAAAUAUGGAUGAACGUUUAUUGAACAGGUCAUCUAGAAGCACCCCAAAGGUGUAACCCUGUCAUGUGCAUCCCAACUUUGAAAUCCUGGAACCCAUCUCUUCUCCACCUCCCACCCAUCAUUCCCUUCCUGUUUUUGGGAUGAGAGAAGUCAGUAUUCUUGGAGAAACACCUGCAACUUUUGUGAUUGACAUAAUUUUUCUUCUUCAAUGUGCUUUUAAAUAUAUCCACGUAGCCAUAUUGAGAGGGAAAUUCUAUGUGAGGGACAGGACCUGAUUAGAACUUCUGGGUGUCUCCAUUUUUCUUCAUAUUGUUCUGUGGUUCUGGCCUUAGUAUAACAGCAACAUUGUUAUUCAACGUUACUAAUGCCUGUGACAGAAGCGAGGCAAAGAGAGCCUACCUACACCCUUCGCUGCCCAACUGCUACCUGCCUGCUCUGCAGAGUAGGCCAGUUGGUCUUAAACUAUCCUCUAAUCACUGCCACCACCCUCCCUCUUCGUACCUACAUCUCCCAGACGGGAGGGGAGUUUUUAGCUCUCUGGUCAAAAAAUUGAAUCGGGACUCCUACAUAGCCUCCUCCUCCCCUGAGGGAAAAGGAAGUUGCUGACUUUCACUAACAGAUGAUAGUUCCUUAGUAUGUUCAGAUGCAUAGCAGGUAUCUUCCCAUGUCUAAGAGAUCUAAUAGUUAUGCCGUAGCUGAAAUGUAUUAUAUUUCUUUCAUGCAUUCAGAUAUAUUGAGGAAUGUACCAUCUUGUUAUAUUUUAGAAUAUUUAAGUUUUU